AUGCCUCGGCCAGGUCUGACGGCUGCGCAAAGCACCGCUGUGCAGAGGUUCAACAGCCUCUUCAAGAACCGGCAAGACCAGCUCUUGGAUGACUAUACCGCCCUUCUGUCGACGUUCAACGGCAACACCGACCUUCUUCUUCCGUUAAUCGACCGUAACGCCCUCCACUUGACGGUAUUUUCUUGGGCGACUGGGUCUCGACCCGCUUUCUACGUUGCCUUCGGGGUAUUGCCACAGACACGGCCGCGACUUGGCUCGAAACCGUCCAACAUAUCCGAGGCGCACGUUCGCACCGCCGGGAGAGAGCGUCCAGAUCGUCCACCGAACACGGCUUCAAACCGCAAGACGUCGAAAAAGCCCUCUGUACUUUGCGCCAAUCACCACCCGAAGCCCCAGCAGACUACUCCUGCGCCAUCGUCGGCUCAAGAUCCUCCUAGCAUAGAGCAGCGACGCUCCGCUCCAUCACCUGGUCAAGGUGAUCAUAUUGGUAAUACCAUCAUGGAGAACACCGCUGGUAUCAGCCUUGCCCGUAUUCAUUCCAGAGAUUCUACCCCAAGGGCCAACGGUAGUGGGAGCUUCGGCCUCGUUGAGCAACACAGCUUGCCAGACGAGGACGUUGAAGUUGUCGACGAUGAGAGCCUUCCACACCUUGAAUCUGAUCGCUCUGAUGGACUUCACGCCACUGCGGUCGACAACCUCCAGCACGACAAGUCACCAGGCGGAGCUGGAUGGGGGAUCCUCGGCCGACUUAUUGGCGCACCCAUCGUCGACCUCGACGCGAAAUCGGAGUCGUUGGUGGAGAAAAAGAGGGUGCUGGGUGAUGCGAACGAACGGUACAAUGACCUUGAGCAACAAACCCGAGAGAGGUGUGCUAUUGAACACGGGGACAUCCAAGGCGCGUUGAAGGGUAAGAUCGAUGCUCUGAGUAAUGAACUGAGGCUACAAGAAGAGUUGAUCGCCAGCGCAAGCAAGUUUUGGCGGGAAUUGGAUGACGCCGGUGGUGGACAUGUCGAUCGGCGAUCCGCUGCCGACAAGAUGGGGGCUGUCGAGCAGUUGCUGUUUAGCGGCAAGAAGGAGCUCGAGGAGAAGAAGGGGGAACUUGAAGGCUGGGUCUCACGGCAUCGCGACGCUGUGACGGCGAAGACUGCGGCUGUGCAUGCCCAUACAGCGGCGCUGGGAGAAUGGGACGCUGCGCUGGAGUCGUUCAACGCGGCCGCCCUCAACUUCCGGAACGAGUAUAUUUAG